GCAGUACACGAUUUUGCGCACAUGCCCUGGUAGAGUUUAUAAACAUUACAGGAAGACAGUGGUAUAAGCUGUGCUGUUGCCAUCUUGAUCGCUGUCUGUGCGCAUUCAUCUCAUGCAAAAAAUGGGCCCUUCACACGUGAAAACUGUUCUUUUGUUAGCUGCACUGUAUGUCACCGUGACCAAAUCUCAAAUUGAACACGGAAACAGUUCGGAGACGCAAGAAACUUCGACAAAUAGGGACAACCUCGCUAGACCCGAUGUUGCCAGAGGGCCGCGUACAUUCAUCCCGGCAGGGAACGAAGACACGUCAGGCCCGCUGUCUACAGAUUUUGACAUGACGAGAGGACGUUACCAAAGCAGAACCACAACCCGCAGUAGUACCGAUGUGGAUGCUCAGCCUCCCGGCACAGAUGACCGGGACCGACCCGCUACUCAAUCGAGAACGGAUGACGACAUAAGCUCGGGGAAAUUUGUCUGUCAGCCCCACAUCACCAUCCACUCGCCCGCUGCUUCUACCAGCUCCGGGACGUGCUGCAACUGUUCCACCAUUCGGGAGAUGAUCUCGUCGGAGUUGGCCAGACUUCGGGACAGCUGCCGUGAUGCUCUGGGUCGUGGAAACACGGGGCAGCAACUGCAGCAACUUCACUCGGCAGUUUCAGACCUUGCCGUCGUCUUGAAGGCAUUUCAACGGCCUGGGGUCCCAGUGCCUGCGACAUUGGUUGGACUGCCGAAGGAUUGUUCAGAGGCACUGGCGAGAGGUGCUACGAACAGCGGCGUGUAUAUGGUCCAACCUCUGGAUUUCUCAAGGGCGAUCGAAGUGUACUGCGAUAUGGAGACUGAUGGUGGUGGAUGGACGGUUUUCCAACGGCGCAAAGACGGUACAGUCGACUUUGACCGCAACUUUGCCCAAUACCGUCGAGGCUUUGGCGACCCUGAGGAGGAGUUCUGGCUAGGUAACGACAACCUUCACCGACUAACCGCGCAGGAUGAAUACGAGCUGCGCGUCGAUCUCACGGACUUUGAGGGUAAUUCGGCAUACGCCAACUACGACUUGUUCCGCGUCGCUGACGCCGAGGACAACUACAGGCUGACAGUUGGAGAAUAUUCCGGCACAGCUGGUGAUGCGAUGGCCAAUCAUGACAACCAACCCUUCACAACCAAGGACCGCGAUAACGACAACUGGGGUACCAAGAACUGUGCGAAGGAGUACCACAGUGCAUGGUGGCACAACAGUUGUUACUAUGCCUCGCUGAAUGGAGACUACCUGGGCGGUAACACGGACAGCUACGGCAAGGGAGUGGUAUGGUACCAGUGGAAAGGCUAUUACUACUCGCUGAGAACCUCCGAGAUGAAAUUCCGGAUGAAAAACUGAGAAUAGUACGGACAUCAUUAGCACUUUAACAAUGCACAAAGCAGUAGUCAUAUACAUUACAUACGCUUCUUGUUAUGGAAAACAUGGAAAGCAGUGUUUGAUAGUAUAUUUUGGUAAUUAUGUUGCCUUUACCGGCUGUACUGAAUUGACACGAAUAUCUAGACACAGCUUGUGGGAUGCAUAUUUUUUUCCUAUGGAGGUUAGGGUAAUUAUAAUAGAAUGGGCGUAUCUUAACCGUUGCGUUUUCGUCUAGGAAAACUGGGGGCAGUUAUCAUAAAUGGGAUACACAAACUUUUAAGUAUAAGACACAACCAAACUGCUCUUCCGGCCGACUUGCAUGGUAGCUCUGUUAGAGGAGCGUUAUACUUAGAACCAACAAACCAAGAGUUUGAUUCUCUAUGUGUUAAUUUUUUUCUUGGUUGGGAAUUAGUUGGUUGGUAGAUGUUUCUAUAAUUGGAAAGUAAAGCCCCACAUUUACCUUAGCACUGAAGUUGGUAAGUGUCUACUAGCUCGCAGUUAACCACUUCCGCGUAUAUGAUAAUUACCCCUAACCUUCCUAGGAAAAAAAUUACACUUGUCGGAUUAUUUUGUAAGGCCAUUUGGUCGUCCCAUUUUAGCCUUCGUUAGAAUUCUCUUAUUAACCUUAGCUGAUACAACCCCGCAUACUUUGUACCCUGUGAAUUAUUGAACCACAGGAAAUUUUCCGCGGUCGCACUGAGCCCAGGAUUUUUCGAGAACAGAGCCUCUGGCGUAAUGCCAGUUAGGACAUGGGUGUGAUUCGGCCUACUGCCCCAUUGAUCAUAGGAAUGACCUUGCAUUACUUUAAAUGGAUCCAAAAACACUUUACUCGUCUGGUGUAUGGGGGAGACAAUGCCUGCUUUACUAUCCAGAGAGUUGGAUGAGUUCGAGACCCCGACCUAAAACUUGUUUCUGGCUUGGUCGUUGGUUGAGUGUUGUCGCGACUUCGGUCGUGCCUGUGUCACGUCAUAGUUCCGACCAAACGAGUUUGGAGUUGGUUUACCGCCGGUUCGAAAUGACGAAAAAUAAAUAUUUUUGUCAUCUCCAAAAUAAGUGAAUCAUGUACUCCCGAUUUGUUGUUGCGUGUAGCGAACCAAAACGCAUUCUUCUAAAAAGUGUAAAAAGAAAGAGCAGUGGCGUUAGAAUCUUGCUGAAUGACGUUGGUCAACGAUUUCUUCCGCUGCCGUGUAGGCCUACUUUGCCUCUCUGGGAUGAUCUAACCGUUCCUCAGUUCUAAGUUUUUAGGGGCCACCCUUAAAUAUGUUCCUGGUCAUUGAUUUAAUGUCCCUGUAGAUUAUUCCUAACACUUGAACUUUGUCCAGGUCACACCUGGCCCCGACAAACACAUUAUGUAGCGAGACAAGCGCGGGGCAUUUCAAGCAAAGGCGUAAGAAAAAAGUUAUAUGGAAGCAGCAAUCAGAUUAUCGAUCGGCAACUCAGGUAGCUCCGCGUAUUUAGUAAAUUGUUCUAUAGUAUAUUGCACUCAGAGUAGAAUAGAGCUUGGAAGUGGACCCCUGAUGGCGCACUUCCGGAACCCUUGGAUAAGAAACCAACCUUCCAAAAUUCGCGGUUAUGUUUUGUCAUUUAUUUCUUCAAAGAAAUUCCUCUGAAAAGGGCAUUUGUAAAAUAUUUCCUAGCAUAUUAAUUUCUAGAAACUGCAAAAUUGCCUGACCCGAAAAAGACAUAUAUGCCAAAACAUGAGUUCACACUUCCGAAAAUCUAAAAUACAUGUCGACCAGUGCAGUUGCGUGUACUCUUACGUGAAUGUUCACAAACAAAAUUAUUUUAUGGCUGUCUAUAGAUAAAAACUUUAGACAGGAGACCAAAAUUAGCAGUUUACAAUUAUUUACAAUUACAGUGAAUCAACUCAAAGAGAUAAUCAGCAUUUAUGAAAAAUUUCAAAUCUAAUCUAUUCCUUGCUGAAAAGAACCACAUUAGGCCAGCCCAGAACCCGUUGCCUGUAGGCAAAUUAAAUCUGAGCAACGUUCUCGCGUAAGUACUGAAUUGAAGAUAAACAUACACAUUCGAGGAGACCUAGGGAGGCCAGUGCUGGAAGUGAAAGGUUGAUGAUGAAAUUUAUUUUUACCCAUCGUCAGGUGACUUUUCAACAAUAUUAUUAAAAGAACACAAAGAUAAAAUUUUGACAUGAGUGUUUCUUGGGGUGGCUUUAGUCAGAAAUCAUUCUUCUAAAAAUGAUAGAAAUUACAGGGCAGCCUCAUAUAAAAUCGCCAUAGGUGGGGGCUCUCCGAUUAGGGUUCUUAUAUAGCUCGCUGCGUGACCUUUGACUUAACUUGCAGGAUCUAUUUGGCAAGUCAGUUAAUUUAUGUUUCCAGGUGAGACACUUUGUGGAUGGUAGACCAGCCAUCUUCAAAAGCGAGCUAAUGGGUCCUGAAUGCGUCACUCUAAAGACACUUUGCUCAUAGACCACUCUCAUUUUACCAAAGUUUACAUAAAUAUCAACUUUUGUUGGUUUUCAAUUGUACCUCAAAUUCGUUCAAAAUUUACAUUUGUCCCUUUGAUUUUAAAUAGGGUUGUAUGUUCAUGUAGCAAAUAUGCGUACGUGUGUUAUAUGGUAUUUUGAUAGCUGUGUGGACUUUUAAUACUUUGUGAAUUCUUCUUUUACUUUUGUACUGAGAGCUGUAGUUUUAGCAGCCACUUGUAGGCAAAACAUUACUGUGACGUCAAAAGAGAGGUAAGAACAUGAAAGUAGUUGAAUCUGGUGGAGAGAAAAAGAAGUAGUUGAAUCGGCCAGGCCGUAAAUUUACAUGGACACACUGCAGACGGAUACACAAAAGGUGAAAUUAAAUUGUUUUCUACAAUUUUAAAUAAUUUGCUGACUAUUUCUAAACCUUCCUCUGGGGCAUCACAAUUAGUCAGUGUCCUCUGGUGUUCAGAUGAAGGAUCUUGAUUUCGAAACAGGAUGAUUGAACAGAAUUCUUAAGAACGUGUAAUUGGGAAGAGUUUAUAUGAAAUCUUACACUUACAAAGUUCAGUAAUUACAUGAUACGAGGUCACGCUGCACAUCCGACAAACGUCAACGGUGUCCUCAAUGAAGUGCUGCUGCCGUAAGCACAGAGUAUAACCUACCCGGCUAUCAGCUAAAAUGACAUCCACUCAAUUUUACUGCUUAUGCUUGUGGUUUGUAAUCUCAGCUGACAUUUUCAACCUACCCAGCUAUCAGCUAAAUCGGCAUCCACUGAAUUUUACCGCUUGUGCUUGUGGUUUGUAAUCUCAGCUAACAUUUUCAACCUACCCGUCUAUCAGCUAAAAUGGCAUCCACUGAAUUUUAGCGCUUGUGCUUGUGGUUUGUAAUCUCAGCUGACAUUUUCAACCUACCCGGCUAUCAGCUCAAAUGGCAUCCACUCAAUUUUACCGCUUGUGCUUGUGGUUUGUAAUCUCAGCUGACAUUUUCAACCUACCCGGCUAUCAGCUAAAAUGACAUCCACUGAAUUUUAAUGCUUGUGCUUGUGGUUUGUAAUCUCAGCUGAUAUUUUCAACCUACCCGGCUAUCAGCUAAAUGGCUUCAACUGAAUUUUACUGCUUGUGGUUUGUAAUCUCAGCUGACAUUUUCAACCUACCCGGCUAUCAGCUCAAAUGGCAUCCACUCAAUUUUACCGCUUGUGCUUGUGGUUUGUAAUCUCAGCUGAUAUUUUCAACCUACCCGGCUAUCAGCUAAAUGGCUUCCACUGAAUUUUACUGCUUGUGGUUUGUAAUCUCAGCUGACAUUUUCAACCUACCCGGCUAUCAGCUAAAAUGACAUCCACUGAAUUUUACUGCUUGUGCUUGUGGUUUGUAAUCUCAGCUGACAUUUCCAACCUACCCAGCUAUCAGCUAAAAUGACAUCCACUCAAUUUUACCGCUUGUGGUUUGUAAUCUCCGCUGACAUUUUCAACCUACCCGGCUAUCAGCUAAAAUAGCUUCCACUGAAUUUUACUGCUUGUGGUUUGUAAUCUCCGCUGACAUUUUCAACCUACCCGUCUAUCAGCUAAAAUGACAUCCACUGAAUUUUACUGUUUUUGCUAGUGGUUUGUAAUCUCAGCUGACAUUUUUGCUAACCACAUGAAAUUGCCAGGCAGUAGUUUCUGAUUGGCAGUAACGUGUAUUUCGCCAUUGCAGGUAAAAGAAUUGAGUACAUGCAUACGGAGUCCCAAAAAUGUCAUGCACGUGAAAUAUGGCAGUGGAUGUACGUCCAAUGCAGUAGGAGUAUGCUUUUAAUAAGUAAUUAUACCUCCUUUAGGAGAAGUUUAAAAGUAAUUUGUCGAUGCUCGCCUGGUAUUGGAAACCAGUUGCCAGUUGCUGAAUAUGUCUCCUGAAGACGGACAGAGUACACUGUUCGAAACGUCGAGUUAUUCCC